AUGCGGGCAUCAAGAAAGAACAAGCCACAUCUGAACAUUGCAGAGAACAAUGUUGAUUUCAUCACAACAGUGGUUUCAGAGGUGAAUCUGGUAGAGAAUAAUGUUGAGUGGGUCCUUGACAUUGGUUCUUCUAGACAUUUAUGUGCAACGAGGGAAGUUUUCACCAAGUUUGAGGAUAGGGAAAAAGGUGAACGUCUGUACAUGGCAACCUCCAGUAGCUCUGAAGUGUUGGGAAAAGCAUCGAUGGAACAACUGGAAGUAAACCAUAGAGUUCUUGAGAAGUUUUGCAAUGCUUCAGGCCAAAAGGGUUCUUGUCCUUCUAUUAGAAACAUUCUCCUUCUGGAUUCCGAGGGGCAUCGUGUUGCUGUUAAAUAUUAUUCAGAUGACUGGCUGACUAACAGUGCUAAGGAAGCCUUUGAGAAAGCUUUGUUUUCAAAGACUCAAAAGACCAAUGCUCGCACUGAAGCGGAGAUAGCCAUGUUUGAGAAUCAUAUCAUCGUGUACAAAUUUGUUCAAGACCUUCACUUUUUUGUUACUGGGGCUGAGGGUGAAAAUGAACUCAUUUUGGUUACUGUUCUUCAGGGGUUUUUUGAUGCAGUUGGCCUUCUUCUAAGGGGGGCUGUGGAUAAGAAAGAAGCGUUGGAGAAUUUGGAUCUCAUUUUGUUAUGUCUUGAUGAGAUCGUCGAUGGCGGUAUCAUCCUAGAAACUGAUGCUAGUGCCAUUGCGGGAAAGGUUGCUAGUCAUAGUGUAGAUGAGGUUGCUCCUUUAUCUGAGCAGACAAUAACUCAAGCAUUAGCCACUGCUCGGGAACAUUUAGCAAGAUCUCUCCUCAAGUGAUGACAAGGAAAGAAAGCAAAGAGUUUUGAAAGAUAAUAU